AAAAUUGACGCAUGCGUAUAUUAGAACACGUGUUGAAAAUGGCACUUUCCACACCAGUAUCUUUUUCUUCAAAUGGAGAAUAUUGCAUGUAUUCAAGUCCUGAUGGCGUUCUUAAAGUAUAUGAUACAUCGACCUCAAAAAUCAGUCAACAGUAUACUCCAAGUUCACACCUGACAGCAACGUGUACUUGUUUAUCAUGGGGUCCUAAGAGACCCAGUGCUAAAACACCAAAGAAAAAGAAAAAAAGGAAAUCAUUAUCAGAAGAUUCAGACGAACAAGAGAAAAAUGAUAUUGUUGCAAUAGGAACCAGUUCUGGAAAUAUUUUAUUGUACAGUAUAGUAAAAGCAGAUAUACAGAGUCAGUUGGAUAAAGGUCAUAGUGAAUCAGUAAAUGACCUCUGUUGGGAUGAAAAUCAAGGUUAUUUGUACAGUUGUAGUAAUGACCACCAUGUCGUACAAUGGGAUGUUUCUACAGCUAAUGUUAGACACAAAUGGAAAGCAGAUAAAGGAAGUGUGCAUUCAAUGUGCCUUUGUUCCUCCAAUCAUUUGUUAACUGCUGGUAGAUCAAUUAAACUGUGGAAUGUAGAAAAUAAAGAAUUGUUAAAGACAUUUACUGGUCAUAAAACAGAAAUUUUCCGUCUCCUUCCUUUACCACUCUCAGCAGAGGCAUCAGACUCACCGGAAAAUAUGUACUUUUUAUCAGCAGCUCAGAAUGAUAGAAUCAUUAAUGCAUGGCAAAUAAACACAACAUCUUCUGAUAAGAACUCUAUUACUUCAUUUUCACUGCCUGAAGAACCAACAUUAUUAGAUGUUUGUCAACAGUCGACAGAACAGGUUGUAAUGUUGUGUGCUGUAACAAGAAGUGGCCAGGUUGUAAUAUUUGAGCACAAAUUAAAUGGGAGAUUAAAAAAGCCAUUGAAACCUAAAGUGCUCCUACAAGUAUCAACAUCAGGUGCCAAAGACAUCUUACCGUUACCUAUACCUAUACUAGCAGCUCAGAUUUGUGAUCAAGACAUUCUUAUUGUACAUGGAAACUUCCUUAAACCAACAUUUGAAAGAGUGAAAUAUAAUUCUGCUGAUCCUGUACAGUGUUUAAUCAGAGAAGAUCCCAGGAAAGUUUCACUUCAAACAGAUAAAAGUUUGUCAAAGGUACAAACCCCAGAUGUUUCCAAAGAUUCUACAGUGUUAGUACCUGGUCUUAUGGCACCCAGUGGUCCUUCACAGGAACCAGGAAGAAGGUCUAAAAGAAAACCAUCAAUUACAGAUAUGAGUAUGGAAGAGAGAUUGAAUGCUAUCAGUGUUGAUCAUCCUAGUCACCCUACAAGAGAACCACCCCAGGCUGAUACAUUAGCCAGACUGUUAACACAGGGGCUACAGAGUCAAGAUAAAAAAAUGAUAAACAAUGUGCUGAUGCAAGCUUCAGAAAAAGUUGUACAAAAUACUGUGCGGAAGUUACCUAUACAGGCUAUUAUUCCAUUGGUUCAGGAAUUAUCAUCGAGAAUGCAUACACAUGCUCAAAGUUCAUCGAAGAUUCUGAGAUGGAUAAAAACACUGCUGACAAUUCAUACUUCAUAUCUUAUGACAUUUCCUGAUAUGGUUGAAAAUUUAAGUACCUUGUACCAGAUGAUGGAUUCUAGAACAAUGAUGUUUAACAAACUGUCUCGCUUACAGGGGAAAUUAGACCUAGUUUUGUCACAGGUUACAGCACAAGACCAACCAGAAGUAGAAACUGAGUCAUUAGAACAGCCAUUAUUAAUGUAUCAAGAAGAAUCUUCAGAUGAAGACUUUGGAUUGGAUGAUUUUGCUCCAACACAGUCAGAUACAGAGGAUAAUGUAGAUUUAUUUGAUGACAAUGAAGAAGAGAUGGAUAAGACACCAGACCAACAGAAUGGGGAUGAGGAAGAGAAAGAUUCUGAUGACAAUGAUGACGACGAAAUGGAAGAUUCUCCCAUGGAAAAUGGGGAUGAAGAAAUGGAGUCUGAAUAAUUAAUGAGAAACAAUAAUGAAACGGUGCAAUACAAAUGGCUUCCAAAGCUGACAGAACUCUGCUCCAAGGAACUGGAACAGAUUGUGGGUUCAUGUUAACAGGAAGUGUAUUCAAGGGCAGAUAACUAUUCUAAGUAUAGAAUGUUUCCGCCAGAACUGUUCUUUGUAAAGUCAGAAGCGUUCAUUAAAAAGUGACUGAUUAUCAUACUUAAAGAACAUUCUUUUCC